UGACGGAGAGCGUUAUGAACAGAGCCCGCUGUCAUCAGUCAGUGUUUGUAUUAGUGAUAGAAGUCAAGAAGGAUCAAAAAUAUAAUACAGUCUAACACAAACCGAUGCUAUGACAGAGUGUAGUGUCUGUUUCCUCACCGUGGCAGGGGAUCCAUCCUAGUGAGUACGCCUCUCCGCUGUCCUGGUUUCCGGUUAGCGGGUUUGCAGUCCAGCAAUCUGAUUGGUCAGAGAGGCCGACGGCGAUUCUCCUCCGACAUCCCAUUCCUUAAACUCAUGACAAGCACGUGGCCUGAGGCUGCUCUCUCAUUCACUUCCUUCAGUUUUCCCACGGGGCGCACUUACCUGCGCCCCACACCCGCCCAUUUUGAUUCUACUACUACUACUGCUGUCAUUUACCAGACGCAGGGCUGCCAAGUUUCAGAAAAUGACAAGAGUGAGACAUUAGUGUCAUGAUGCGUUCGACUGCGGUGGAAAAAAAAAUUGGCCUUUUUUUUUUUUUUUACAUCGAUUUGGCCCGUUUUAACGACAACCAAGACUGAUGUCCUCAUCUCCAUGCCAGCUGCUCCCCCUGCACUGUGGCCUCCUAAUGCUAAUCUUAAUUAACCAGAAAUUAGAAAUGAAAAUCCUAACAAGAAUUUUGACAAAAAUAGAUUUAUUUGUCAAUAUUUCAUAUGCUCCAUCCUUUAGCUGUUAUGUUUUUUGUUGUAAGUGUUGGUCGCUGAUUUGGAAGAUGUGAUGAUGGAGGCAGGGGGCUCCCAUUUAUAGCAGUGUGGCUCAAGGCUUGCCAUCUUCACUGUCAUGAUUGACGACAGUGUUCCUUCGUCUGAAAUGCUUUUAUCAAAAGCGACUUAGAUCUGAGAGAACAACACAAGCACUAAAUCCCAUAGGAGGUCCAGCUGGAUAAGUGCUGGUCAGACUGGUGGAAGUCCAGUUGGACACAGGUGCUGCCAUGCCAGUGCUAGAAUAUGUUGGGUUUUUUUUUGUUUAUAAAUAAGAAAGCUACGUCUAAGAAGACACCAUCUUGACCUAAGUGCAUGCAUUCAUUCUCUGUGAAAUAAUCUCAAGUGAUUGGACAAUUGUCACUUUCACCGAAGCCCACUCGUUAACGCAGCCGUCACUCAAACUGCAGUUGAGGAGUUGUAGUUUUGAAAAUGGCAAUGAAACAUGGAAUCGUGGAAAUGAAAGAAAAUUCAGUUUUUUCUCUUCAGAAUAACCCCUUCACACAGCGUUCACUGCAGGAGAGAAAGAGGGUUAAGGAGCUUGGACCAGACCAACCCGAUUUACAGAUUCUGCAGCAGUCGAGCGACAGAGGACGAGCUUACACCCGGACUUUUUCCCGCUCCCAUUAUGACAAAUGGAGCUGGCUAACCGGUUGUGGUGUGAGCAACUCCUUUUAUUGCUUUCCCUGUCUGCUGUUUGAAAGUGUCGGCACCGAAACCCAGUGGACAGCUACCGGGGUCCGAGACCUGAAACACCUGUCGGAGAAGUGUAAGCGACACGAAUGCAGCUGCAGCCACCUCGACAACAGCUUGAAGCUAAGUUUUGUUGGCAGGCAUAGCAUCGCUGAAGAGCUGGGUGAAAGCUACAAGAUCGGCAUUAGGAAGCACAACGAAGAGGUGAAAAAAAACCGACAAGUCCUGUCUAGAAUAAUAGACUUCUGUAUUAAAUUUUGUGGAGCUUUUGAGUUGGCUUUGCGUGAUCAUAACGAGAGUGAGAGGGAGUCAGAUAGGCCCGGGACCUUUGGUGGCCUGGUGGAUGUUGUUGCUCCCCUUGAUGGAGGGUUAAAAGAGCACAUGGAGAGCGCCGCAAUGUUUAAGGGAACAUCCCAAACUGUACAGAAUGAGCUACUGGAUUGUAUGUAUUCUGUCCUGAGGGAACACAUUAUCAAGGAAGUCCAGAACAGUGAUUUUCUGUCAAUUCAGGCGGAUGAGACCAUGGAUAUCGCCACACAGUCCCAACUUGUGCUUGUUCUGCGCUACAUUGAUGGGAAACACAACGUGCAGGAAAGGUUUUUUGAGUUCAUCCCACUGCAGUCAGCUACAGCCGAGUCCAUUUCCUCGGCACUAAAAGAGCGUCUUGCUGCCAUCCUUCCUGAGGACCAGAGGAAGAAGCUUAUCUCACAGACAUAUGAUGGAGUGAUGGUGGGGGCCACUGCACUUGUCCAUAGUAAAAUACAGGAUGUGUACCCAAAUGCUCACUACAUCCACUGCUAUGCACAUCAGCUUCACCUGAUAAUGCAACAGGCAACCUCUCGCAUAUCUCAAGUCAGAAUCUUUUUUUCCAACCUCGGUGGAUUUGCCAGCUUUUUCACGCGGUCCCCCGAACGAACAGCGGUACUUGACCGAGUUGUGGCCCACAGACUGCCGACAUCCAGCAGCAUCGGAUGGAACUUUCACAGCCAUGCCAUCUGCACGGUGUUUGAGUACAGAGAAGACCUCAUUCAGUGCUUUGAGAGCAUACAAGACUCGGGCGACUUCGACCCCAAUACCGUGAGAGAAGCGGGAGCCUUCAUCAUGCUACUGGAGCACCAGGAUUUCAAUUUCUUUCUGGAGCUGUUUCACAACAUCAUGCCACAUGUGGACCUCCUCUUCGCUGAGCUCCAAAAGAGGAACAUAGAUUCGGACCACAUCAAUGGCUGCAUCCAGAAGUUCCAACAAGGCAUACAAAAGAUCAGAGAUUCUCUCCAUUCCAUGGUGGAGCAAAGCAGUGGUGGGUCUCUGCCAUCAAAGAGGCGCCGUACCCUCAGCCCAGAGGAGCAUGAGAGGAUUGCAGAAGAGAUCUGUGACAUCAUACUGGGGCAUACCAAGGAACGGUUCUCCUUCACAGAUCACCUUGUUAGUGCCACCUUGCUGCUGGGGGACAGAUUUGAACAAUACAGCAUAGAAUUUCCUGAGAAAACACUCAGCAGCACGCUGAAGGCUUACCCCGUGUUCAACGUAAGCAAGCUGAAGACGGAGCUUGGUCUCCUGUACAGCAAGGACGAGUUCAAAGCCUGUCCUGGGGCUGUGGACUUGUUCCAGAUGUUUAUGGAGAACAAUCUAGAAAAGGUCUUUUCAGAGACUGUCACCCUCCUGAAGAUCCUCAUCACCACACCCAUGGUGACCAUGGAAGCGGAGAGGCGCUUCUCAACUUUGAGCAAAAUCAAAACCUUUUUGCGAAACACCACGACCCGGGAGAGGCUGAACGCUCUGGCCAUUCUGUCCAUGGAAAAAAGGCUGGUGACUGAGAUGACUGACUUCAAUCAGAGGGUCAUUGAGAAGUUCGCUGCCCAAAAACAAAGGAGGGCAACAUUUAUGUUUAAAUAGUAGUACUGGCCCAUCUUGAGGCAAUUGUGUUGUGUUCUAUUUAUAUUUGUUUUCAUAUGUUUUUUUUUAUUUCUUUUAUAUUUAUUUGCUGAGGGAGGAUGUGGUGCUACUGUUGUUUGACAAUGUUUCCCACUUGUGUAUGAUCGUUUUCUACGGUUAAAUGUUGGUAUUUUACCAAAGAUAUUUUAGGGUAUAUGGCAAUUGAGUAAAAGAUUUGUCUUAUCCAUGUGCACACUGUCAGUUUAAUAGGUACGUAAAGCGAUGAUUGUAUUGAUAGUGAAAGCUUAUAUUUCUGUCUGACAUCGGGAAGUGUUGUUUUAUUUACAAGAGUGGUCCAAGCAUCCCAGGUGUUUUCAAGAGAUGAAUAAACUACUCAAAUGAACAAUAAUUCAGCAAAUUACAAAAAGUAGAAGGGAUGUGGGGAAAAAUUAAGUAAACCUCAUUAGCAACAGUAGCCUGAAGUAAUUAUUUUCUGUGUAACAUUAUCAGUCUCGGAUUAUUGUGGGUGAAUUUAACUCACUUUUCUGGUUCAGCAACAGCGUUUCAUCAUUUCGGCCAGUUUAAGAUCAGGAAUACUUUAAUACCGAGUUUAUAGUCGGCUAACUGACAGCAGGAGGGCCUGCGGCUGGAGAACAAGCUCAAAUCCUCAACAUUCCACCAUCGUGCUUGACAGUUGUCAUGAGGUUCUGUGUACUUUUAUGCGUUGUUUGAUUUUCACCAGACUUGGUGCAAUUCAUUAUAGCCAAACAUCUCAACUUUUGUCUCUUCUAUGGAAAGGACAUUGUUUUUUGUUUGUUUGUUUUUAAU